UACACCAUUAAUCAUUCACCCCCAUUGAUCUUUUAUCUCUCUCUCUCUAGAUUAGUGAACAACUUUUCAACUUUUUAAUGCUUUCUGCUGAAGUCUCUCUCUCUCUCUCUGAGUGUCUUCUUCUCUCCUUCCAACCUUCUUCGAUUACUUGAAUCUUGACUUCAUCAUUUCUUCUUAGUCCUCUCCAUUUUAUGAUUCACUAGUGGAGGGUUUAGGGUUUUUAAUACCAUCUUCCGUGAAAUUCUAGUAAAAAGGAACAAACUUUUAAUCAAUCAGACAUGAUUCAGCUACUGUUCCUGGUUCUGUUCGUGGAGGGUGCGAUUGCGUUCUUACUGCUGAUUAAGAUUGGGCCAUUGAGGGAGCUUGUGAUUAAGAGCCUUGACCAGAUGAAGAUGGGGAAAGGUCCCGCCACUGUGAAAACCAUAGCUGGAACCAUGUCUGUUAUCCUCUUGUCCAAUCUCAUGAGCAUCGUCAAGAUCCAGAACAAAGGUGCAAAGCUUGGGACAAUGUCUCCCAUGGAUCAGGUCCUUUGGAGAACUCACUUGCUUGAAGCUUCUCUUAUGGGAGUUGUACUUUUUCUAGGCUUCAUAAUUGACAGGAUGCACCACUACCUCAGAAAGCUAAUCAAUUUAAGAGGCAAUGCCGGGUCAUCGAAAGAAGAACUUGAACAGCUCCAGAAAGAGAGAACCGAACUGAAGGAGAAAGAGGACAAGGCAUCCAAGGAAAUCAAGCAGCUGCAAGAAAAACUGUCAUCUGUUUCAGAGAGGCUUAAGAAAGCAGAGACCGAGUCUAAAGAGAAAGAGAAGAAGCUUGAAACCGCUGAAACACAUGUCACGGCUCUCCAGAAACAGUCUGCUGAGCUGCUUCUGGAGUAUGAUAGAUUGCUAGAAGACAACCAAAAGCUACAAAGCCAAAUUUUGGGACAAACCAAGACCUGAUGUUAGAUUGUUGAGUUUUGUCAUUUAACAAGUGUGUUUUUUUUUUUUUAGAAAAAUGUUGUUGACGAAUUGGUGUUGAGAAGAGUUUUUCUUAAAUGGAGGAUGGCAGUUGCAGGAGUGCUGCAUCAUUAUUUGUUUUUAA